GGUCCUUCCUUUCCAAAAAAUCAAUUACUCGAAAUGACUAAGGGUACCUCUUCGUUUGGUAAACGCCACACCAAGUCUCACACCUUGUGCCGUCGCUGUGGACGCCGUUCCUUCCACAACCAGAAGAAGACCUGCGCUCAGUGCGGCUACCCCGCUGCCAAGCUCCGCUCUUACAACUGGAGCGAGAAGGCCACGCGCAGAAAGACGACCGGAACCGGUCGCAUGCGCUACCUCUCCCAGGUCAACCGCCGCUUCAAGAACGGUUUCCGUGAGGGUACUCAGGCCAAGAAGCAGGUCAAGCCUGUUGCUGCCGCUUAAAAAGAGAGUAAUUCUUUUUUUUUUUUGGCCCCCAGGAAAAGAACAAAGGAAGCUGGAGUAUUAAAAACUGCUUGCGCAAAAACAACUUUUUUUUUCCCUUCUUUUCUCGAUCGACAAGAUCUCUUCCACAUGUUGAUCAUAAUGUCAGAAGGGACUAUUUGCAGUAUUACGGAAAAUGUAUUGAAAGGAUAAGAAUAAGGACGCUUUUUCGUAUGUAUAUGUACACGAUUCAAUGUAAGGAUCAAAAAAAAAAAAAAAAAAGUGACCCGGACU